ACUCCUAAAGCGGUGGAACACGGCUGAUUAGUAUUUUCCUCUGCUUCUCUCUUUUGUGAUUUGCAGAACAAGAACAAGAAUUCAAAAGGGGCUGAACAGCAAAGGAGAAAACAAACUUUCGCUUUUCAACAGAUAAAAGGCAUGAUUCGGGUUAAAAAAAGUGCAAGAACGUGCGAAGUGCAGCUGCAUGACACAAAAGUGUGAAAACCAGAAAGGCUUUUCCUGCCUCAUAGCCUUUCACACACUCCUCUGCUGCUGGUGUCUGCUGCACUUUGGCAAAAAAGGCUCAGAUGGGUUUCUGCCACUGAGCCAACAUGGAGACUGAGGGGAGGCUGGUCCAGUCAAUUUACUAUGGGAGUAUUGGAAGUCAGGACACAGAGAGGCUGCUGGAGAGAUUCGGGUAUGAUGGCAGCUUUCUGCUGAGAGACAGCAGCACAGUACGGGGGGCCUACUGUCUGUGUGUGAGGAAAGCACCGUUUGUUCACACCUACAGGCUCCUACGCUCUGCUGAUGGCUGGUGCCUUCAGGUGGGGCAGGAUUCAACAGUCAGACCACCAACAUUUAGGACUCUGGAGGCACUAAUAGAAGGCUACAGGAGGGCUGCUGUAGUUGGAAUAGCCCCGCUCACAGAUCCGCUGGACAAAACACGAGUACGAAACAGCUUGGGCGAAGAGUUUCUUUACAUGGAAAUGAACAACAGCAGCAGCUCUGUGUACUGAGGCCAUCGUGCUCUUAAUCUCACAAGACGAUCAAACCGACAGAAACCACAGCGGCUCACUCAUCUUGUCUGCCCCUGUUUCUCAAUUUCUUUGUGUAUUUAUUUUCAGUUUUUGUGUUGAUUUAGUCAUGGUUUAACACAUAUUUUCAGUAGCCCGCAAACUACUACUGAAAGAUAUGUAAAUGUUUUAACACACGCCAUGAGUGGGAGCACUUUUUUGUUGCUGGUUUUUUUAGUUUAUUUUUUUUUAAAUUUUUUUUUAUUUCAUGCAGUGACAGUGGUUGUCUUUUUCAUCAGACCCACGUUCCUGACAUGUGGUCCCUCAUGCUACUUACCUUUUUGGGUGCAUACAUCAAUGAUUUCUGUCCAAAUGGUGUAAGGCUUAAUCUAAUGUUUUAUGUUGUAUCAGUUUUGACAAGUGCUGUAUUUGGAUCAAGAUUGUUGACGUUUGUUUGCAUUCUUUCUGGUUGAGAAAGUCGUGUACAGUGAACUGUUUCAUUUGUGGUUUAUCGGUUUAUGGAACCAAGAUGCACACUGGCCUCGUUCAUUGUAACGACGUAGCAAACGCAGCAGAGCAGGAAAGGUAGACUGUGAAAUCUAUUGUGAGCACCAAACUUUCUGUUGCAAAGACUUUAAUUGUUCAUUUAUUUUUUUCAUUUUCAUACAUCUCUUCUCAAUAACUGACAACGUGAUAGCAGAUCUGAAAAUGACUUCAUGGUAUCAAAUGUGUUAAACUUAUGCAACUAAUUAAAUGCUAAUAUAUUUAAAAACUAUCUCAGAUCAAUUAAAGGAGUUUUGUAUAGAA